UAUUUUUAUUAUUUUUGUUGUUGUUUUGGGGUUUUGGCAAUAAGUUAGGGUUUAUAUACGGAUCAGCGGAUGCAGGGUAAGCCAUAUGGGAGGGCAACAAGCGUUGAGAAUUGAGAUGCUGAUGUUGUGGCUGACGGUCAUGGUGCGGCGUCUUACGACGAGGAAAUCGACUUCUUUCCUGGAAUUGCGUCGGCGAGAGUUACUCCCUUUUAAAAGGUUAAGAUCCUGAUUCUUAAGGCACAAAACCAGUGCCAGUAGAAAUGAAAGCGCUUGAACUGGUUCCGGACGGUGUAAACCCCUCUGCAUUCAAAUCCAGGAAUUUCAACUUCUAGAAAAACUUUCCAUAGAUGUAGUUAUAUACGAUGAAAUCGACAUCUCUUUUGGAAUUGGUAGGUUUGAAUUCUGUAUUUUGCCACUUACCGCAAUCUGGGUGCGGAUCUGAUUGUAUUUUCAUACUAAAAGUAAGAAACAUAUGAAGAAGAAGGAUUAGGAGAAGCCGUUGAUGGUUUCAUUGUGAUUUCGAAUUCGGUGACUUUUGUCAUCAACAAUUGAUGUUUUCAUGGGGUAACUCAUAAUGAAUGUAACAUAUACAUAGGGUUUUCAGGGUUUGCAGACUUCCAAAUCUUAUUGCUUUCACUUGGAAUUAUCAUCUUAAGAGGUGAGAAGUUUCUAUUUAGAAAACAGUGCUUUUGCUUGUUUCUCUCUCUUCAUUUUUAGUCCUAAUUUAAGAUAAGAUGUUAUCUGACUUAAAUGCAUCUUAUGAAGAAGAGUUCCAUUUGCUUUGUAUAUAGGGUAUCAUCAUCAUUUUGUGUUUUUAACAUCAAAGAGGUGGUUUUGCUUUCAUAUAAGUUUCUAUUUAGGUAUUUAUAUUAUUAGUUGAUAACUAUAAAUGGUAAAAAUUUAUAAUCCGAGAGAGAUUUGUGAUAUAUUAUCUAGUAUAAGGACUUGAUAGAAAGUGUUAAAUGUGCUCAUUCCGUCGAUUGUUUCCUAUUCAACUUGGGUUAAGACGUUAAGUAGGUAUGUUAUCUAGGUGGGUUGAUAUGAGAUGGAGGUUUAGUUCUUUAUGGUGAUUAUUAUGAGAUGUCAUGUGAUAAUUCAAUGAAAUUAUAUAGGAAACUUAAGUGUGGAGCCUUGAAUUGUAAAAUUGAUUAUGGUGGUAGUAAUUUGGGGCGUGUAGUGAAAUCAUUAAAUGUUGAGUUCAAGAAAUCGAGGGUUUGUUUUGGAAUUAGAACGGACACUGUGGCCAUAGGUGAGUGGUUCGAAUCAUGGGAAGAACCUCUUCAUGUUUCACACAGAUUUCUUGAAAAGUGAAGGACCCUUGGUGCAACGUGUCACUCUGUGAUUGGUUGUGAUGACAAGGCCUUGAAAGGAGUUGUUUGGUAUCGGUAUACAACAUGAAAUGUGAGGGCUUUAAACUACUUAGCAAUUUGAGAAACAGAGAAAGAUUCAUGGAGAAGAAGAAGGAGAAGCAAUUCAAUGUGGGAGAUUUGGUUUGGGCGAAAGUUAAUUGUUACCCUUGGUGGCCUAGCAUCAUUUACGAUGAAGCCCUAACAAGUAGUCAUGUUCAACAAGCAAAGAAAGAAGGUUUGAUGCUUGUUUCAUUUUUUGGCGACAAUUCCUAUAAUUGGUUAGAUCCAAAGAAACUCCUUCAUUUUGAAUCGAAUUUUAGCAUGUAUUCAAAUCGAUCUAGUUCUCGUUUAUUCUUGAAAGCCGUGAAUGAAGCAGUUUAUGAGCUCAAUCACAGAGCUGCUCUAGGAUUGACUUGUCCUUGCCUAUUUUUUUCAUCGUAUAGACCUGCAUCUGUAGAAGGUUUUCUAGAAGUUGAUAUUGAUGGAUAUAGCACUGGAGGGGUUUAUUCAGUGCAACAGAUUGAAGGGUUCAGACAAGAAUUCCAACCACUUCAAACACUUUCGUUUGUCCAGCAACUGGCUUUGGAUCCCACAAAUGUGCAUCAGGAUCCUAGCAUUUUAAAGGAGGUAGCUAGAGUUCUUGCUUUUCGUAAAGCAAAAUAUGCAGAGGUUGAUGAACCUUAUUUUCUUGCAUUUGGGGUGCAACCUCAACGGCUGGUAGAUCCUAGCAUGACCUCAAAUCAACAGGAGACAGCUUUACUUCAAGCUCCACCUCCACCUCUAGCUGACGAUGAGAAAAAGCCUACAAUCAAACUCCAAAAGAAAAAGAAAAGACGCCUUGCAUCCUCAAAACCAAAUGCUACUAAAACAAGUGACAAGGUGAAAAGGAAUCUGCAUCAUGAUUCUGAAGAUGAUGUUCAUGAGAAGAAGAGACAGGUGAAGGUUGAGAUUAUUAAUAAAAAGCUGGAUAUCAUUUCCACCACCACCAAUGAUGAUAAGCAGCAGCCAGAUCAACCUCAACCUGAGGCCGCAACCACAACCACAAAAUGUGAGCUGCCAUUGAAGAAGUGGCAGAGAAGGAGAUCAGUCAGCAGUAUAGGGGGUCCAAAAUUGGCUUUGGUGUUGUCUUCCGAAAGAGAAAGAGAAAGAGAAAGAAAGAAUGAAGGGAAGAGUGGUGGCAUUAGCAUAGUAGAAAAGGGGCCGACAAUGGUCCUAUCAAUGAAGUUCCCUCCAGAUGCUGCUCUACCAUCAGUUUCAGAACUGAAAGCCAAGUUUGCUAAAUUUGGGCCAAUGGACAUAUCAGGUGUUCGUGUCAGUUAUCUCAAAUCAAGAUGCCAGGUGGUGUUUAUGAACAAGUCUGAUGCCCAGAAAGCCUAUGAGCAUGUGGUCAAGUUCAAGAAUAUGUUUGGUCAAACUCACGUCUCCUACAGAUUACAUCCUUUUGGCAACAGCAUAAAAGAAGCAAAAGAAGGCGGCAGCAAGGAAACUGCGCUUGUUACCUCUUCACAUAUGCAGCAGCAGCAGCAGCUGUUGAAUCAAGAAACAACGUAUGCAAACAAGUAUCAGAAAGCAGCAGAGGUGAACCAAGGAAGUGUUGACAUUUCUGAUAAGAUGAUAUAUCUGCUUAAUGAAUGCAACCGUAUUGUGUUUGAACUGAAUCAAUUUUAGCUACUCAAAAACUUUGGGAUCUAAAUUAACGAAGGUUUAUGUGUUUUA